UCCACAUUUAUCGGGGCUCCAAGCAGUGCAGACCGACCUUAACUCAAAGACGAGAAUUCCUUAGAUCUGCAGGCUUAGUUUAAGAAAACAAUAACAUCGUUUUCAGUCGGAAGGAAUAAGUGAAGACAUAGUACCAUCGUUGUCAGGAAAUACAAGAAACAAGACAUAGUGCCAUCGUUGUCUAGGAAACCAGAAGAUAAGAGACAGUACCAUCGUUGUCAGAAAGAGAUCAACCACUGCCUGGAACCACUGCCUGGAACCACUGCCUGGAACCACUGUCUGGAACCACUGCCUGGAACCACUGCCUGGAACCACUGCUGCCAGACGAGUGCACCUGAGCCAUGGCCCACCGUCUUCCCCCCGCCGGGAUUGAAACCCAGGACUCCGAUGUCUUUCGGUUUAACGUCGUCCAUCCCCCGCCCUGCAAGAACCCCAAGAAGGAGGCGGAGCCAGUCCGCUGUAACCUCAGGCCUAAGAUAGUCUGCAAGACAAGGGACAACUUGGAUGAGAGAGGCCCUAUGCAGAAAGUCGCCCACCUCCUGCCGCCUGCCGGCAUGGACUCGGAAGACUCCGACUGCUUCCGUUUCUACCACGUCCACGCCCACUGCUACAAGCGUAAAGGUCGAGGUCACAUUGAAGACCAAGAAUGCGUGGCCGAAGUCCCAAACAAACGUCGAAGGCUUUGUGUGGAUGGCAAGCGGCGUCCUUACGAGUUGAUAUGCACCAUGGCACAACCACCUCUGACCCAGCCUGGUCUGUUGUGUAACAGCAAGCCAAACAAGCCCAUGACCUACAUGUGUCACCGAAUCGCUCGUCAACCGAUGCCAACCAAUCAAGGAGCUUACAACUCUGGCUGUGUUCGGGAGGGUCAAGAAUUUUGGAAUUUAUAGAGCGCUUUGUGCUGGUUGAAAUUGUAAUGUUGUCCUAGUGUCCCCAUGUUCUGAAAAUGCCAAACACAAACAGUAUAUUUGCAGAGUGUAAAGAAGAGGGCCUUUUGGAGUUUCAAAAAUGGCAGUCAUCGCUCCCUCCAGACACAGUGCUACAGGUGUGUCCAGUGCCUGAAACUUUACCUGACAAGCCACGGAAACUCUACUGCCCCUUCGCCAACAGAGACAACACGGAACCAGAUCACAGAAAACACUUGGAUGCGCUGGGUUUGUGGCGCACGUCCCGCUACAAGGAUGGGAUGUACCCUAAGCUGGACCGACUCGCCUCCAGGUAUACCAAGAAAGCCUCCACGGUCAAGCGGGGCUUGUCCAAGAGCAGGAUCAGCACGACGAGCAGCCUGGGGAAGACGUGAAGACCCUUGUCAUAUCCAUCAGCAAUGUCCUGGCCCAGCAGAGAUCCAUCAUUAAUGUCCCAGCCAGCAGAUCAUACAAAGGAAGAUACCAUCACAAAAACAACAAAAAAUUAUUAUAAAUAUUUUAACGAAUAAAGAAAGAACUUAUU